UGAAUGACAAAGAUUUUUUUCAAUUACACUCAUUUCCCUUCAUAUUGCAUUCAUAAUCAUGUUCGUUGCAUAGCCUACAAUUAUAUUCAGAUCAUAUGUAAAAUAUAAACACCAACACACACAACUAAGCAGAUUACGUUAGGUUGAAAGGUAGGUUGGAAUUAAGGCACCGACUAAGACAUUAAAUGCCGAACAAAUUCACCACCUACAGUGGCCCAGAAUUCAACUUACCAGAAUUUCAUCACUGGAUUUUAAUACUGAAGUACAGUACCAGAAUUUCAGUAUACUUUUAAUUGCACUCAUCUACUCUGUUCCUUGCUCCCAUACACUCAUCUACUCUAUAUAUAGAGGAGCGAGUUCUACUUUGUUUUCAGUGCAGGGAGAAGAGCGAGCUGAGAGAGAAUAAUUCCAGAAAGGGAAAGAAGAUGUUGAGAUUGAUUACAGGAAUUCCAGGGCCGAGCGGGUUUGGAUCAGCUUCCACUGCUGAGCAGGUCACUCAAGGCAUUGAUGCCUCCAAUCUCACUGCGAUUAUUACAGGUGGUGCAAGUGGGAUUGGUUUAGAAGUGGCAAGAGUUUUAGCCCUUAGGAAAGCCCAUGUCAUCAUUGCAGCAAGAAAGUUGGAUGCUGCAAAAGAAGCAAAACAACUCAUUCUCAAGGAUAACAGCACUGCUCAUGUUGAUAUUCUUAAACUUGACCUCUCUUCAUUGAAAUCAGUUAAGGCAUUUGCUGACGAUUUCAAAGCGCUUAACCUUCCUCUCAACAUCCUCAUAAACAAUGCUGGUGUUAUGUUCUGUCCAUUUCAGCUUUCGGAAGAUGGAUACGAGAUGCAAUUUGCUACAAAUCAUCUCGGUCAUUUCUACUUGGCAAACCUUCUUCUAGAUAAAAUGAAGGAGACUGCAAAUGUUACCGGUGUGCAGGGUAGGAUAGUGAACUUGUCAUCUGUAGCUCACCUUUACACGUACGAAGAAGGGAUCCGGUUUGACAAAAUUAAUGAUGAAAGCAGUUACCAUGCCAAAAUGGCAUAUGGGCAAUCCAAGUUAGCCAAUAUAUUACAUGCCAAAGAGCUCUCUCGUCGUUUACAAGAAGAGGGAACUAAUAUUACAGUGAACUCGGUGCACCCGGGGUUGAUAAUGACAAAUCUUAUGAGGCAUUCUGUUCUUUUUACAAGAAUUAUGAAACUAUUCACUUGGAUGCUCUGGAAGAAUGUCCAUCAGGGGGCAGCUACAACGAGCUAUGUGGCGCUCCAUCCAGACCUAAAAGACAUAAGUGGAAAGUACUUUCUGGACUGUAAUGAGUACGAGGCAAGCGCCUUUGCCAGAGAUGAAGCUCUGGGAAAGAAGCUUUGGGAUUUCAGCGAGAAGUUGGUUAAGGCAGCUAUAAACAAGUAAAACCCUUUCUAUAAUGGAAGUCAUGAGGCAUUUCUAGUACAGUGGUAGAAAGGUAGAGUGGACAUAACUUAUUGAGAAAAGUCGAUGAAAUUGAAAUGUAGAAGAAGGUACACUUAUGUAAUGCUGUCUACCGUGUGUUUCACUUAUUCCAGUAUUUGCAAUAUACUCCUGAAUUAAUAUACCACAAAUUCUGUGUUUCAUAAUGUAUUGUUUUCAAAAAAGAAAAAGAAAAAACUGUUCAUAAUGUA